AUGUCGGAGGCCACACUUGACAAGCCAUUCAACGACUUUGUUACUUCCGUGAUUCCGCUGUAUUCAGGUCCACAGGUCACCGUUCGAAUUGGAUCGACAAGCCGCGAAUACAAGCUCUCAAAAGCUCUCCUCUGCAACCAAUCGCCGUACUUCAAAGCCACAUUCGAAGGGAACUUUCAAGAGGGGAAAGAGCAGUCUACAACAUUGAAGGAGGAGGAUGGUAUAGUUUCAAUUCAGAGCUUUGAAUUACUGGUACAAUGGUUAUAUCUUGGGCGAGUCAUCUUGGGCGAUUCGACACCGACAGAUUCAAUCACUGCUAUUGUCGAAUUUGUAAAAAUUGCCGACAUGUGUGGUGUUACCGGCAUGGAGGGCACCAUGGCUGAGCAGAUUAAAACUAUUAUCCUCGCAGAUCCCGCUCACAGGUACCCCUUGGACUCGAACACUUAUUGCCUGAACUCAAACCAUAUCGUCUCAGCCGCAGGUCUCCCUGACGGACACCCAGUGCGGAAAGUGUUGGCCGCCGCUGUAGCAGGAGAAUUCUUCCGAGCGGAUAACCAUAAGUUCUCCAAGGAGGUCAAAGAGGUCGCAAGCUUCGCGUCUGACCUGUUAGAAGCAAUAAGGGAUACUCUCAAAUCACACAAAAUUGGGAGUUAUAGUAUCUACGUAAAAAAGAAGACGAUUGAGAAGGAGGUCAUGCAAUGUUGUUGUGGGAAGAAGCAAGUACAGUCAUCUUCAAUAGUCGUAGGACUCCGCGCAGUGCCCGCACCAAUCACAGUCCUUAUCACAUAA